UUUGAAAAAUUCAAGAAAAAGCCUUACAAAAUGAAAAUCCAUCUAAUUGUUCCUUUAAUUUCCGUCUUUGCAAGUGGCCUACUCGUUUACGCGUUAGAACGUUGCGAUGAUAAACACGGCGGAUAUUGCAUUGGAGGUCGGAGUUGUUGUAGGCACGGCCCACCCCUAUGUUGUAGGCAUGAACACGUCAAUUGCAUUCCGCGUAUCGGCCUUAAUUAUAACAAUACUAAAUGUGAAAGAUUAUACUGCCAGGAAGGAGAAGUUUGCAUGACAAAGUGGGAAGGAAAGAGCAAAUGGUGGGAAGGAAAAAGCAAAUGUGUGCCAAAGGUUUAA